AUGUUUCCAUGGGCAGUUAAUUUAACAACUAAUCACAGCAACAAUCAAGAUUAUGACUUUCUCUUGCUGGGCCUCCCUGGCCUUCAUGACAGUCAAAGGCUGUUUUUUGCCCCUUUCUUCUUGAUGUUUCUUGUAUCAUUACUUGGAAAUGUAACAGUUAUCCUAGUUAUAGCAACUGAACAAAGCCUUUGGGAACCAAUGUAUUACAUUAUUUCCAUUCUGUGUCUUACAGAUCUUAUUGCAGCAUUUACCUUACUGCCCCAACUUUUAGUAAUUUUGUGGUUGGGAGAAUAUUCUGUAUAUUGUAAGUUAUGUUUUGUGCAAGUGUUUUUUAUUUAUUUCACUGGAAUCAUGGAAUCCUCCGUGUUAGUUUUAAUGUCUUAUGAUCGUUACAUUGCAGUGUGCAAUCCUCUGAGAUAUGCUGCCAUAGUAACUAAUACUUUUAUUGUUAAAGGUAGUUUAGUAGUGAUAGUUAGAAGUUUUUGUGUUGCACUUUCAACAACUACAUUUGCUAGUUUGUUGUCAUAUUGCACUGUUAGUGCUGUUCAUAAUGUUUAUUGCGAGCCCACUUCUAUUAUAAGUAUGGCAUGCCCCCAUACAUAUUUUACUGAUAACAUUGGUUACUUUAUAAUAUGCCUAAUAGGAAUACCAGAUAUAACAUUGAUUGGGCUCUCCUAUUACAUGAUUUUAAGGGCAGCAUUAAGACUAAAAUCAGCAGAUGCUAAACAAAAGGCAUUUAGCACAUGCAGUUCUCAUGUUUUUGUAAUGCUGGCCUUUUAUUUGCCAGGAGUCUUAUCAACACUAACAUCUAUAUUUGAAAAUAAGAUUCCUGCUUAUGUCCGUGUCCUCCUUUCUGUCCUGUAUGUUGCUUCACCACCAUUUUUAAACCCACUGAUAUAUGGUAUAAAAACAAAGCAAAUUAGACAAGUCAUACUAAAACAUUUAAGAAAGACAUAUAGACUUUGGUACUGCAUGACUUUAUUUUAUUGA